AUGCCUUUGACUCAAGGCACAACCUCUCUGCCAGAGAGGACUCUGGUGCUGCGUUGGAAGGAGCAGCCUAACAGUGCGGCCGUAGUGAACGUGAGUUUCAAGCUCACUGCUCAGCGACGAAUCGUCCAGCGUAGCGAGAUCGCUGGUGAUCGCUGCGCUCCCCAUCCGAGGCAGCGGCUGCGAGGGCAGCACUGUUUGACGGAAACCUGGCGCCAGAUUCUGGACGGCGAUAGCAUUGCGUGAGUGGUUGCCAGCUCACAGUAGCCAACCACUG